CAUAACACUAAACAAGUGGAGGAUUCUUCAAAGAACCCUCAUGUCGCUGUCGAGAGUGGCAUCCCCACCGCUAGGCGCUCACAAUUGUCAUGAUCUUCCGGGGUGGACGUUAACGAAACAACGUCGUCGUUUAGUGACCCUUUUAGCCUUUACUCGUUACUUCCCAUUUCUGCCUCAUCCGCUAAGCUGUUUGACUUCAUAUAAAAAGAAAAACCCAUCGAUCAAUUUCACGCUCUUUCUGUUCUCCUUCAGGGUCACUUCUCAAAGGCUCAACGAUCUUCUUCACUGUUCGCAAGCUGAGCUCCUCAGUUUCUCCAUGGCUGCUUCUGCCUCUUCCACUUUCAAGAAGAUCCAAAUUCAGAGGGAGGGCACUGAAUUUGAUGCUUAUAUUGUGGGGAGAGAUGAUGCCCCUGGAAUUGUUGUGCUUCAAGAAUGGUGGGGAGUGGAUUAUGAAGUCAAGAAUCAUGCUGUAAAGAUCUCUGAGCUUGGUUCUGGUUUCAAAGCACUUAUUCCCGAUUUGUAUCGAGGUAAGGUUGGGUUAGAUGCCGCUGAGGCGCAACAUCUGAUGGAUGGUCUUGAUUGGCAAGGUGCUGUGAAGGAUAUACAUGCUUCAGUCAACUGGCUCAAGGCUAAUGGUUCCAAGAAGGUUGGUGUAACUGGAUACUGUAUGGGGGGUGCUCUCUCCAUUGCAAGUGCUGUGUUGAUCCCUGAGGUUGAUGCCGUUGUUUCAUUCUAUGGAGUCCCUUCACCAGAGCUUGCAGACCCUGCCCAUGCUAAGGCACCCGUUCAAGCUCACUUCGGCGAGCUCGAUUCCUUUGUUGGCUUCUCUGACUUGACGGCUGCCAAGAAACUGGAGGAAAAGCUAAAAGAAUCAGGAGUUCCACAUGAGGUUCAUAUCUAUAAAGGAAGUGGACAUGCUUUCAUGAACCGAUCCGAAGAAGGUGUGAAGAGGAGGAAGAACAUGGGAAUGCUCGACGAGGACGAUAACGCAGUCGAACUGGCAUGGUCUCGCUUCCAGUCGUGGAUGUCGCGAUACCUCUCUGCUUAAACUGGUUCGUUUUCGGUUCAAUUCCCCCUUUUAUCUUAAUUAGCUUCCUAGUUCAUGGCUCAUUACAUAAGCUUGUUUGCAUUCCUGAGCACUAUGGUCUCUGUAUUGUGUUGCUUUGUGGAGUAUGCUUGUUGAAAGUUCAUGAAUAGAACAAUAUGGUCUCUGUAUGUGUUUGAAUUAUGAACUCCUACGGUCCCGAACCGUUCGUUUGUAAUAAUUUUGUCUCUGAACUUUAACAUAUUAUCAUUUAGUGCUUAGCCUUUAACAUGUAA